UCUCCCCAGAGUUAGACCGAGAGGGGGGGAGAGAGAAAGGGUCCACACUGACGCCGCGGGGAUUUUAGUUAUCGAAACUGUCUCCACAUUUUGUCUGAAUUUAAACUGUUCACGUUUUCUGUGAGGAGGGAAAGUUGCGGGGAAUGAGCAGCGGAGGAGAUUCACCGUGACUUGAGUCGGAGGAGAGAGAGAGAGAGUGAGGGAGAGAGCGGCUCCCUGUGCCAACAGGGCAGAUAGUCUGCAGAGAGGAUCAUCAUCACUGGGAGCUGGAGAGGAAGCUUCACUUCCUCUGCAUGUAGCCUGGGAGAACAGCAACAAACAAGAUGGACCUGAAGCUGCUCUUGAUAUCGACACUCUUAGGAGUCCUUUGUUACAGUAAUGCUCAGAAAGAGGGGAACGAGUGCAUCAAUGCCAACGCCAAAUACUGCGGGGAGUGCAUCCAGGCCGGGGCCAAAUGCGGCUGGUGUACAGACCCGGACUUCCUGCAACAGGGAGAGACGGUGUCGACCCGCUGUGACGAGCUGCAGUCUCUGAUCAAAAGAGGCUGCGAUGAAGCCAUGAUAGAAAACCCACACGGGGAACAGAAGGUUCUGAAGAACAAAGCGGUGACCAAUCGCAGAAAGGGAGCGGAGAAACUAAAGCCAGAGGAAAUCACCCAGAUUCAGCCCCAGAAACUCAGCCUCACGCUCCGAUCUGGCGAGCCCCAGUCCUUCGACCUGAAGUUCAAGCGAGCAGAGGAUUAUCCCAUCGACCUGUACUACUUGAUGGACCUGUCGUACUCCAUGAAGGACGAUCUGGAGAACGUGAAGAACCUGGGAACCAGUCUGAUGCUGGAGAUGUCAAAGAUCACCUCGGACUUCAGGAUAGGUUUUGGCUCCUUUGUGGAAAAGACUGUCAUGCCGUACAUCAGCACUACCCCGGCCAAGCUGCUGAACCCAUGCACGGGCGACCAGAACUGCACCAGCCCUUUCAGCUACAAGAACGUCCUGAAGCUGACCAGUGAUGGGAAGAAGUUUAACACCCUGGUGGGCCAGCAGCAGAUCUCUGGAAACCUGGACUCUCCUGAGGGCGGCUUUGAUGCCAUCAUGCAAGUGGCUGUGUGUGGGGGGCAAAUCGGUUGGAGAAAUGUGACUCGUCUGCUCGUGUUCUCCACUGACGCUGGCUUCCACUUCGCUGGCGACGGCAAACUAGGAGGCAUCGUUCUGCCCAAUGAUGGAAAAUGUCACCUGGAGAACAACGUGUACACCAUGAGCCACUACUAUGACUAUCCCUCCAUCGCUCACCUGGUACAAAAGCUGAGCGACAACAACAUCCAGACCAUCUUUGCAGUCACCGAGGAAUUCCAGCCUGUUUACCAAGAGCUGAAAAACCUGAUCCCAAAGUCUGCAGUGGGCACUCUGUCUGCCAACUCCAGCAACGUCAUCAACCUCAUUAUCGACGCUUACAAUUCCCUCUCCUCCGAGGUUAUUCUGGAGAACAGCAAGCUUCCAGAGGGAGUGACCAUCGCUUACACGUCCCGCUGUAAGAACGGGGCGGUUAGUGAGGGGGAAAACGGACGCAAGUGCUCCAACAUCUCCAUCGGGGAUGAGGUCAUGUUUACCAUCAGUGUGACAUCGAAGGGUUGUCCCAAACAAGGCAAGUCCGAGGUCAUUAAAAUCAAGCCCCUGGGAUUCACAGAGGAGGUGGAGAUAACCCUCAACUUUAUCUGCGAGUGUGAAUGCCACAAAGACGGAAUCAAGAACAGUCAACGGUGCCACUUUGGUAACGGCACCUACGAGUGUGGAGCCUGCAAGUGUAAUGAAGGACGUGUAGGAAGACAGUGUGAAUGCAGCAGCAACGACGUAGCCACAGAGGACAUGGACCGGACCUGCCGUAAAGACAACGGCACCGACAUCUGCAGCAACAACGGAGAAUGUGUGUGUGGCACGUGCGAGUGCAAGAAGAGAGACAACCCUGAGGAGAGGUACAGCGGCCAGUACUGCGAGUGUGACAACUUCAACUGUGACCGCUCGGGAAACAAACUGUGUGGAGGGCAUGGACGCUGUGAGUGCAGAGUCUGUGUCUGUGACCCCAUGUGGACCGGAAGCGCCUGCGAUUGUUCUCUUGACAAUAGCACAUGUAUGGCCAGCAACAAGCAGAUCUGUAACGGCAGAGGAAAGUGUGAAUGUGGCAUCUGCAAGUGCACUAACCCCAAAUUCCAGGGUCCCACCUGUGAGACUUGCCCUACCUGUCCAGGAGUCUGCACGCAGCAUAAGGAGUGUGUCCAGUGCCGGGCAUUUAACACCGGGGAGAAGAAGGAGUCAUGCGCGACAGACUGCACUGACUUCGAGCUGAUUAAAGUGAAGGACAGGGACAAGCUCCCCCAGCCCGGAGACUCCUCUUACCCCGUCAUGCACUGCAAGGAGAGGGACGCCAACGACUGCUGGUUCUACUACACAUACGCCGUCAACAACAACAACACAGAGGUCCAUGUGGUCAGCACGCUGGACUGCCCGGCCGGUCCUGACAUCAUCCCCAUAGUGGCGGGCGUGGUCGCCGGCAUCGUCCUGAUUGGCUUAGCCCUGCUGCUCAUCUGGAAGCUGCUGAUGAUCAUCCACGACAGGAGAGAAUUCGCCAAGUUUGAGAAGGAGAAGAUGAACGCCAAAUGGGACACGCAAGACAACCCCAUAUACAAGAGUCCUAUCAAUCAGUUCCAGAACCCAAACUAUGGCCGCAAAGCUGCCGCCCUUUAAGGUGAAAAUCCAAUCUACAAAAGUGCUGUCACGACUGUGGUCAAUCCUAAAUAUGAAGGGAAAUGAUCGGCUUGUAUUUUCUCAUGAACUCUGCUCACUGCAGUAUUCACCGUGGAUUUGAGGGGAUCCGAAGGAGAAGAUUAAUGUCCCUUUGUCUCUGUCGCUUUACUGUAAUAAUGUACCCUACAGCCACUGCAUCUGUCUCUUUACUAACACUCUUCAUUUAUAUGCAUUCAUUGUAUUUUUAGAUGUACAGUCUACACUCUGUGUAUAUACUUUUUAAGUUGCAUAUUUGCAGAAAUGAUGAAAUGAUGGUGCUUUUUUUCCUGCCACAGGACUUUUAACAGGCAGAGGAUUCACUUUUUUUAAAGUAACACCAUGUGGACACUUUGGAUUUCCAAUAUAUGUACAAGAAUUCCUCCGCCUCGGCCUCGCUUCUCUCUCUCUGUGUGCACUGAUAUCUUUUGUUGUGUGUUGCAGACAGGACCUGAGUUUAAUCUGUAAAUCGUCAGUCACAGCAGCACAUUCUGUCAAUGUGUGUAUAUAUAGAAAACAACUGCAAUAGGACGAUUUGAUUAAUAUCUAGCGGUGAACAUACUGUAGAUUGGACAGUUGUGUUGGAUCUCUAAUGCAGUGGUUGUAAAUGUAGUUUUUGAACUGCAGCUGAGAAACACCUGAAGUUUGAGGUUUGUACUUUGUUUUUCUAGAGGACUGAAAACCUGAGAUGAAUAUGAACCGUCUUUGAUUGAAGUGCUAAUACUAAGGGACUGUAUACCACUUAUUAAACUGCUCAGAUUGUAGCCAUGUUGAACAAUCAAAGGAUUUGUUUUAUUAUCAUGCAAAUAAUAAAUGAAGCAUUGUUUUAUGUGCUAACUGCAGAAACUUUUUUACUCAGGUCCUUUCCUGUGUUUGUCAAGUACGCCAAAAAAGAAAAAGAAAAAACAUGCUUUCUGUUGUUCAGUGGACUGGUGAACUUAUCUGCCCGGGUCAGUUCAGUUUGUUGCUUUUCUUCUCAAUUUUAAACUGAAACAAGACAUUUAGUUUCGACAUCAUAUGAAUCACCUCUGAAACGCUUUCACAGCCAAAUGCCUCUAAAGUUCACACACAAGCCUUUAUAGUGAUGUUUUUCAAAGUGCCUUUUAUUUCAAUACCAUGUUCUCUCCCAAUGCUGUUUAUGAGUUAUUUAUUAAAUAAACUGUUAAAACGA